AUGGCUCCGGCACGCAACACUCGUGGCAAGUCCGCCCGCAUGGACAAGGAGGUCUCGGUCACCUCCAAGGAGGCGACAGCCGUCACCUUCGCCGCGGCAGCCCUCACUCACAUGAGCGAGAACCCCGACCUGUACCCAGCUGAGUGGACCACCGGUGCAAAGACCAACAAGGCCGCCAUCCUCACUAUGGCCAACAAGGUCAACCAGAUCGGCGAGGGAACCACCGAGCCGGAGUCCCCAGCCGAGGUGCUUCGCCGCCUCCAGCUUGACUCCGCGACCCCUAGUCGCAAGCGCAAGAUGACCAUUAGCCUCCUUGGAGACGAAGAGGAGGACCAGCGCGUCUACAAGUCGGCGAACAUCUUCGCCAACAAGAACCCCUUUGCGUCGCCUGCCAAGAAGACUGCAGAGGCCACCCGCUCCGAGAAGGCCGACCCGGCAGCCAUCGCCACCCUCCUUGAGAACAAGGAGUAUUUCCAGAACGUGGCUACUUUCAUGGGCAAUUUUGGUGAUAUCGCCAACCUCACGUUUGAUGCACAUUGCCCGGCCAUGGAAAACCUUCGUGAGGGCCGACCUAUCGGCAGCGACGCUACCCUUGCCGUUGGCCAAGAGCAUAUCCACGUUGUGUUUGUAUAUGACCGUUUUACCACUGGCGGCCUUUUCCCCUCUGCCUUUCUUGACGGCCUGGUCAAGGCUAUGCAUGAGCUACGCAUCGCGGAUCCCGAUAACUUAACCGACAAGGUGCCUGUCAGCUUCAUUCUCCAUGCUAUGCUUCGCAUGAACCGGGACUUUGGCGUCGUCAAGCUCCGGUACGAUAAUAACAGCCUCAACAAGAAUGCAACGAUCGCGGCCUGGAAGGCCAAAUACUCAGGCAACCUUGCCCCUGAGUGCAGGGAGACUAUGUGCCGCCGCAUUGCCGGCCUCGUGGACUACGUCAAGAACCACGGCGUGAUCAAAUGCCAUGCGCUCACCGAACGCGAGGUCGACCUCGUCAUUGAUGGCUUGGCCGAUGAUACCGUCGACGCAUUCUGGGGAGCCGGCGCCAGCCAGGGACACGGUCGCAACGCGGCCGCUGACAUCGACUAA